AUGAGAAAACUCGUAUUUCUAUCUACCUUGCUGCUACCGCAGUACGGACUGGCGGCAGUGAACGAUCAAGUCAAUGCGGACCUGGAUUAUGGGAGCUUUGAGAGCCCCUCGAGCCGUAUCCGGCCUCGUUUUCGGUACUGGCUUCCAGAUGCCAGCGUGAAUGCGACCAUUGUACAGGAGAAUAUCAAAAGUGCAGGAGCUAUUGGGGCCGGUGGCGUCGAGUUCGUUCCCUACUACAAUUACGGAGAGUCGGUGCCUGAGGCAGACUGGUCGAAGUAUGGAUUCGGGACGCCUGAUUUUGUGGACAUCUUCGAGGCUGCUCUCCGGGCUCAUAAGGAUGCGGGUAUGGUGAUGGACUUUUCGAUUGGACCAGCUGCAGGACAGGGGGUGCCAGCCAGCGUUGACGAUGAAGGUCUCCAGUGGGACUUGUCAUAUGCAUCAGCUGCUGUCCCAUCGAAUGGCGUCUUUAAUGACCUGGUUCCUGGCUGGGGCCAAGGAGAGCUGGUGGCAGUGGUCUCAGCCCAAGUGCUGUCCAGUCGAAACCUGAGCAAUCCCGGAGCUGGAAUCCCCAUCUUCGAGACACAACCGAACUACACACAAUAUAAGCUCAAGAAUGCGACUUUACAGGAAUGGUCACGGAAUGUAUCUUCGGCAGGCCAACUGCAAUCGACUUUUGACCACGGAUCAUUUGCUGUGGACCACUACAGUGCCCGAGGCGCACAGACGGUCACUAGAUUCUGGGAAAAGCAUAUCCUUAAAGACGAGGUCAAAUCGCUUCUUGCUGCAGUUGGCAAUUAUGGCUGGGAGGAUAGCAUUGAGAUCGAAUCGAAUAUGUCGUGGACUCGCGCCCUUCCGGAAAUCUUCUUGAAAAAGCACGGCUACAGCCUCAAGACGUAUCUUCCGUUGAUAAUGUACAAGAACAACAACAUCAAUAUCCAGAGUGGUGCACCGGGUACGAUUCAAUGUGUGCUGGAUACUCCGGAUCAAGGCAUCGGCUAUAUCAAUGACUUCCGAAGUGCGCUGCAGGAGGGAUACCGCGCUUACCUUCAGCACCUGACCGACUGGGCCAACGAGAUGAGUUUGCAGUUCUCGUCGCAAGUCUCGUACAAUUUGCCUCUAGAUGCGCUGGCAAGUAUACCCGUGGUGAACGCGCCCGAAUGCGAAAGCUUGCAAUUUAAAGACAAUGUUGAUGGAUACCGUCAAUUCGCGGGCCCUGCCGUUCUGACCGGAAAACGGGUCAUCUCCAAUGAAAUGGGAGGCGUCGAGUCAAAGGGAUACCAGCACAGCAUCACCGACCUAUUGUGGCAAAUCAGUCGUGCCGUCUCCGGAGGCGUCAAUCAGGUUGUGCUGCAUGGGCAGACCUACACGGGCGAUUACCUUGCCACCACAUGGCCCGGGAACACGCCAUUCUGGUAUCUGUUUGCUGAUUUAUUUUCGGAGAAACUUCCAUUUUGGGAUCACGGUCUAUCAGAGGCCCUCAAUUACAUGGGGAGAGUGCAGUACAUCCAGCAAAAAGGACAGCCCAAGAUCGACGUGGUUGUUUACAACAAGGACUCAGCUACAGAUGGGUAUUGGCCGACUGUCUACAACGAGACCGACCUUUCCAAGCAAGGUUUCACAUACUCAUAUCUCUCACCCGACAAUUUCGCCCUACCGCAGGCUCACGUAAAGAAUGGCUCCCUUGCACCUGAAGGCCCGAACUUCCGCGCGAUGGUCAUUCUUAGCUCAGCUAAUCUGACCAGCCAAGCAGUGCGAGACAUUAAGUCUUUUGCGCGCGCUGGAUUGCCGAUCAUUCUGUCAGGUGGUCUUCCAAACGCGUACAUCUCCAAGGAUGGAAACACCGAAGGUUUGACGCGGGAGAUCUCGUCUCUACGAGAAACAAGUAAUGUCCAUAUUGUUUCCUCGGGAAAGACUGCGACGCAGCUUCUUGAUCUCGGAAUCACACCACGCGUGCAAUUACAGAGUAAUGGGACGUGGUAUCCGACCUGGAGGACUCAUCAGGAUGGUACUGAGUUUGUGUAUCUCUUUUCCGACAUCGACGAGUCAACCGGCAAUAUCAGCGUGGCGACAACUAAGCGACCUUAUAUCUUCGAUACCUGGACCGGAAAGCAAACCCCUGUUCUUGAGUACGAGCAAAAGGCCGGACGUACCGUGAUCCCGCUUCAGUUGGUAGGAAACCAAACCGUUAUCAUCGGCUUCGUACCGGGCGGAAACAGUUCACCCCACGCAACCCAGGUACCAUCUUCAGUCAUUGGAUAUAAGUAUGGCAACAGCGCUAGAGAUUUGCAAGUUCACAUUUCCGCUGAUUCAGACGAUACCCCCCUUACACUGUCAAACGGCAAGACCAUCGAUCACACGACCAAAAGCCCAAGUGAACCAUAUACACUAUCCAACUGGACCCUGACCGUGGAGCACUGGAAGCGUCCCUCGAAUCUCUACGACGCAUCCACCAUCGCCGUGAAGCACAAUACAACCCACCACCUCCCAUCUCUCAUCUCUUGGCAGCAGAUCCCAGCCAUUGCCAACGCCUCCGGUCUAGGCUACUACUCCACCUCAUUGACCUGGCCUCCCGCCUCCAACGAGCGCCAAUCCGCCGACGGUGCCUACCUUUUCCUUCCCAAGACGCCCAACGGCGCGCGCGUGUUCAUCAACAACAACCGCGUCCCCGCUUUCGACUAUAAUGCACCGAAGAUUGACAUCGGAGAAUACCUUGUCCGCGGUCGGAAUGAGGUUCGCGUCGAAGUGCCCUCCACCAUGUGGAACUAUUUACGGACCAUGCUGGAUAAACUGAAAAGUGCCGGUCGGUCGCCGGAGUUCGAGCUGAUGGAGAUGGACGUUCCAGGAACCGUGGAUAACGGGCUUAUUGGCACUGUACGUGUCGUGCCGUAUGUUUCUGUGCGGGUGCUGUGA